AUGGCGCUGGGCAACCACACGAUGGUGACUCAUUUCAUCCUCCUCGGGAUCCCCAACACCGACGGCCUCCAGACCAUCCUCUUCUUCACCUUCUUAGCCUUCUACCUCUGCACCCUGCUGGGCAACCUGCUCAUCCUCUCAGCCGUCCUUGGCGACCCCCGCCUGCACACCCCCAUGUACUUCUUCCUCUGCAACCUCGCUGUCGUGGACCUUGGAUUCUCUUCUGUCAGCAUCCCCAAAUUGCUCGCCAACCUCUGGGCCAAGAACAGAAUCAUCUCAAUGGGAGGGUGCAUGUCCCAGGUCUUUUUUUACCACUUCCUGGCCAGCACCGAGUGCCUGCUCUACACGGUCAUGGCCUACGACCGGUACGUGGCCAUCUGCCACCCACUGCGCUACCUGCUCAUCAUGAACCGCAGGGUGUGCGUCCUCCUGGCUGCAGGUGCCUGGAUCACCAGCUCCUUCCACGCCACCAUCCUCGCCAGCCUGACCUUCACGCUGCCCUACUGCGGGUCCAACGUGAUAGACUAUUUCUUCUGUGACAUCUUCCCUGUGGCCAAGCUGGCCUGUGGGGACACGCACAUCAUUGAGACCGUGACCUUCACCAACACUGGUUUGGUGCCCAUGACCUGCUUCUCUCUCAUCCUCGCCUCCUACAUCCGCAUCGUUUACUCCGUCGUGAAGAUGAACUCAGCUGAAGGGCGGCGCAAAGCGGCUUCCACUUGUGCCUCCCAUCUGGUGGUGGUGACGCUGUUCUUUGGGCCCUGUGCCGUGAUCUACACCCAGCCCCAGCUGAGCAAAGUGAUGGUGACGGCUGUGGAGCUCUUUGGCUACAUAGUGACACCCUUGCUGAACCCGGUCAUCUACACCCUGCGCAACAAGGAGGUGAAAGAUGCUCUGAGAAAACUGAGAGGGGGCCUGACGCCUGCGCGUUGA